UUUCAGGCGUGAGGCGGCUACACAAACUGUGACUGCUUUCAACUUUACAGAAGUACCAGAAAAUUGUGCCUAACCGUUGAAUGAUCUUUGUAAACACCGCCACACAGUGAAAUCUCCAACCUUUGGACUACAUCAGCCAUUGUGACUCCUAUAAAACCCGGAACCGGCGCUCAAUCCUCAAUAGAGCAACUGAAGAGUCAGUUCGUCAAUUUUGUAGCAACCUCAGACAGCACCACAGUCUGAAUGACCUUUUGCAGAUUUUCUGAUAAUUAUAGUGACAUGGAUUCUGUGGACGUUGUGAAUAACCAGAAUGUGGUUGAACGGAUAGUUCACCUUCCCUUGGUUAUUUCCACCUAUGACUUGGUGUCAAAUGUGUACUGCAACACCAAGAACACCCAUCCAUACUUGAAGUCUGUGUGUGAGGUGGCUGAGAAUGAUGUGCAAUCCAUAACCUCAGCUGCUUUUCACAGUGCUUUACUAAUCAUCGGCAAGCUAGAGCCUCAGAGUAAGCCGACUGUUGUUUGCAGUUUGAAAUCAGGGCUGAUUACAGUGAGAAUAUGUAUUUACCAAAAGAUCCUACACAAGCCGUCUGAUCAGAUCAUCGCCAGUGCCAAAGAGGCAGUGACAGGAGCCAAGGAAGCCGUCAGCGGUACUAUGAACGGUGCCAAGGAGUCUGUCUCCUUCACUCUCAGUGAAGUGACGGACAGAACACGAGGAGCAGUGCAGGACAGCAUGGAAAAGACCACGACGGUGGUGAGUGGUGGAGUUCAAACAGUGAUGGAGAGCAGGGUGGUCAAACUGAUGAGCAGCAGCAUGGACACAGCACUGAGCACAUCUGAGACUCUCCUGGAGCAGUACUUACCUGAAACAGAGGAGGAUAGAGGUGAGGAUAAGGGAUGGACCAUGUUUACUGGCACUGGGAUAUUUUGUUGAUAUUUAGACUGCAUCUUAAAGGGAUAGUUCACCCAAAAAUGAAAAUUCUGUCAUUAA